AAAUGAGAUAAUUACAUUAAGCAUAAGGUAGUAUGUAUAUGUCUGCCAAAGGGUCUAAUUGUAAGUAACAAUAACACCAAUUAUAAUAUAAAAACUAAAUAACACUUCUAAUAUUAAUAAUAUUACUAGACAAUUAAUAAAAUUUUUCCUUUAUAUUUCAUCAAAUAACUGUAUAUCAACAAUCGAUAGGAUACGUAUCGUCACGAGAUUCGAGUUAUUCCAUUGUCAAUCAAUGUAUCUAUAAUAUAAUAGCUUGAAUACCAAAAGUCGGUAUAAUCAAAUUUAAUAUAGAUAAAAUACAAAAUGUACAAAUUACGCACAAUCUAAUCUAAGGAGAAUAAGUAAUAUAUAAAAAUAAGACUAAAAAUAAAAGUAAUAACAAGAAACUCAUACAGGUUUACUCUAUAAAUGGAAUAAGAUAUACGUAUAUGUAUACAUAUAAGAGCUGAAAUAUGUUUAUGAAAGACAAAUAAUCCGAUUUUCCUGUCGUUCAAGGAAAACUUUCUUUCUUCUUAUGUCAUCAAGAAAAUUAUCCAAGUAUAUAUGAGAGUGUGCUUCUUCUUUUUUUUUAUAAUAUUGUCAAAGAUUGAUUUACCAUAUUAAAUCAAUCUUUGACAUUAUUGAAUUAACCAUAAAAUAUUAUAUAUCUAAGCCAAUAUCAAUAUCUAUCGCAUGAGAAACACCCGCGCAAUUUGUCAAAUAUUUUAUUUUAGUUCUUGGCAAUUUCAGGUUAUUUAGAUAAAUUCAAAUUUCGCUAUUGUCGAGAAAUGAUUACUGCACCAAAAUAAUCUUCAUGUAUAUUAUAUAUAGAUAUUUACAGCAUCAAAAGUUGACUUGAUCAAAAUAUAUCGAUAUCGAGCUUUACAUUUCGAUGCCUUAUUCUUUCUCACUGUCUUCUCACUUUUCAAAUUCAGUAGAUUUCAAUGCUCAGCUUGGCUGGCAAAGUGAACAGAUGGACGCGUAUUUGUGCGUCAGAGCAGCUAAGGAGAAUCAAGUGAGUAAGAUAGAGUGAGAGUUUGAAAGUAGGCCUUCGCUGCUCAGUCAGUUGUCGACUACGUGCCCGAGCGAUUGGUUGGCAUAAUGAUUGUGCUAUUCUGUAUGCUGAUCGUCAUCGGCUUAUGUCAUUGCAAUGAUCUUCCGUCAAGGACUGAAGUCGAGAGCUCAAUCAACAGAACAAUCGAGGAAGUCGAAAAAUUGAUUCAUCAAAACGCCACUUUGCCACAUCUUACUAGAAAAGAGAUUAUUGAUAUUCUUUUUAACAUCACGUCCAAAGAUCUCGAGACAUACAAGAACAAAACGACAAUCGAGGAAGCAAGAAAUAUCUACCAAAAAGCUUUGAUGGUAGUCCUGCCUUAUAACGCAGAAGACGCAAGAGAAAGCAUGAAAGAUUUAUAUACCAAACCGCCGAUAGUUGAAUUAAUUGCGGAUCCUACUAUCAAUCCAGAAAACUUGGAAGAGUGGAGAAACAAGAAACUACAGGCAAACGCACUUAUAGAAGAAAAGCAGCAUGAUAAACAAUCUCUUGAAAAUUUUAUAGUGACAUAUGCUCCAGAGAAAAACUUGCCGGAGGAAAACCCACUUGGUGCGGAAACGCGAUAUAAGAAUCACAAAGAAACGUAUUCGGAAGCACAUUCGAACAUAUCUGUGAAAGAGACAUUAAAGUUUGAUUCACCAAUGAAAUUUAGCUUCAACUUGGAAAAUCUACAAAAAGAACCAAUCUUUACCAAAGAACCAGCAACUACCACUAGGCGACCAGUGUUUCAAGAGUCUUCAUUAACCAAGAACGAAGAAGUCUACACAGUAUAUAGUACGAGUGCGACAACUAUUCCCCCUGGAACAGUAAAGAUAAAGAAAAAUUUCUCAAUGCUUAAUUUGGAACCAGAAAUGACGUCCCGUCCUUUAAAAUAUCAUGAAAAUAUUUUAUCUGUUGGCGAAUGGCGGUAUAAUCCGCCAACGACACAAAGUACCACAACGUUAACAAAACUUCCAGAUAUGUUCUUUAAAAGAAUUCACGACAAGCAAUCGCCUUUUUCGACUACUACCUCACUAGAAAAUAUGGCUCCGUCUGCGCCGAUUAGCAAAAUUAAUUACAUUCCAGAGAUAAUUACAACAUCCGAAAAGAUACCAAUCGUUAAUGCUGAACAACCAGUUCCUAUUUACGUAACACCAAUGCCCUUCUCCUCUUCUUCUUCUCCUUCUUCUUCUGAGAAAUUAAAAUAUAAUUCCACUUACAUUCUAAACUCCGGAGGUUUUCGCAGAAUCACAACGAGAGAGAGAGAGAGAGAGACAACAACAACAACAACAACAACAACAACAACAAUGCGUUCGGAAGUAAUGGAACUACUUGCCUCGAUUGGACUUCGACCGGAAAAUGCUACGAAUGUGGAAGACAUAUUUAAAAAGAACAAAGAAAGUCUGGAGAUGAAAUCUGAAAUUUCUAAUGGUAGCGGUUUAGUCUAUACAACUUCUUCUGGUCUGUCAGCUGUUGUGCCUCACUCACCAUCGAUAACCGCUCAAAACACUUUCGAGAGUCCUGUCUCAGAGAUCAGGAAAGGCAUGAACAAUUUAACACCUGACGUACAAUUGUUCUUUCAACGAUUUGGUUUGCAAACAUCCAAUCUAGUAACAACCACAAUGUCCACGCUAAAGUCAACUAUUAAUACAAAUUCUUAUACCAAUUUCAAGCCUUUACCAACAUCUAAGAUAAAAAACGAGGAUAUGAAAGAAUUUUUAGCAAAAUUCGGGCUUGGAGUCAGCGAUAGCAGACAGAAAAAAGCCAUGUCGGCAUCAACGGAACGGCCAUCGUUGAUCGAAGCCGUUCCAGAUAACAUGAGGCAGAUCCUGGAGAACAUAGGCCUCAUAUCCCGCAAGACAUCGAGAACGACACCAAAGAUGGAGGAUAUAGAACCAACAAAGUCGACCAAGAUUCACAUAUUCAAGCCUCACGAGGUCUAUGUCAAGGACGAAGGGCAAAGAAUGAAAAUCAAUCAACUUUUAGACAAAAUCAGAUUGGUCCAGGAAGGAAAAGCAAACGCAAAGGACGUGCGAAAAAUAGCCGAUGAUCUGCUUACUACCACAAAAACUCUAAAGGAUGGACCGGAUCCGUUGAGUCUAGAAGAGAUAAUUAGAAUUUACAACGAAGAGAGAGAUGUAAAAAAUGAAGUAAAAAGACAACAAAAUCCGGAAGAAAUUGUUGAAAUCACCACCAAUGGCGAUCGAGCUCUCGCGAAUGCCACGACGACGACGAAGACGGCGACGACAACGCCAAGCGAAUCUGUAGACGUUUCCUCAACAACGACAACGACUACAACCAUGAUCUCAGUAACUUCAGAUUCCACGAAAGACGGUUCAAACUUCCGGGAUGCGUUGACACCAGCUCCGGAGUCAUCGACAUCUGCAAGCACAAAUCUAAUGGCGCUGGAAGAAUCCUUUGGUGGUACCACUCGUGCACCGGAUCCUGUUCUACCAACUAAACGAAGAAACGGUCUAUAUUUUCUCGUAGACUGGAAUACUUUCCUUGAGGUCGGCGAUGAAGAUAGCGAGAAAGUGAACCUCAGAUUUGAGCCAAAAGUUGGCGAUAGAACGAGAUUUCUGCCAGUCAGCGUGCCGUAAUUUACAAAAAUAUACUAAUUUUAAUACAAAAUUAUUUUUAAAAAACGUCAAUUUAAUCUACAUAUUCUAAUAUUUAUCAAUUUUACACAUUAAAAAUAUUAUACGUAUGUAACAUUAUCUAUAUAUACCUAUUGUAUAUACGAAGGACGUUUAAUAAGUAAUGCAACACAUUUUUUUCUCAUUCAAGGUUUGUUUUGUUGCAGUUUUAAAUACAUCAUAUUUUUCCCCAAUUAUUUGGCUACAAAAAUCCAUUUUUCGAGAUAAUUUCCAUUUAAUUCUAUAACCUUAUACGCCACCUCGAUAUAAGGGCCUGUAUGCCCUUACGAUACCAUCACUCUGAUGGGUGAGGAACGACAAUCCAACCUACAGCUUGGAUUUUUUAUCCUUUUGCCUCUUAUCUCUUUGGUCCUCUAAAAAGAUGCAAUCUACGAGAAGAGAUAUGGCAAUGACAAAAAAGUUAUAGUUUAAGUAAAAAAGUGGCUGACAAUGGCUGCGUUCGGACAGCGCGCUAUUAGCAUAAUGCUAUACCUAUAUACAACGUCAUUUUAUUUCUUUAUUUUAUACUGAAAUUAUUAUAAUGUAAAUAAUUAUAUUAGCUGAUAUAAUUUAAUUUCUUCUUAUAGCUUCAUGUUUAAUUCAAUUUUCUAAAAAAUAAAUCGGUUGAAACCGAAUGUAAUUGUCAAAUGCAUGUUAUAGUACGAUUAUUAGAAAGUAUGGCAUUAUUUGUAACACGUAGUAAUUUGUGUGUAACUUGACGGCAUCGACCUGCGACAUACAUAAAAAUAUUUUUGCAAAGAAAUUGGUAAAUUGGAAAAUACAAUUAAUUUAAUUAUAUAAUGUAUAAC